AUGGUUCAGCCCUUGUUCAUCGCCCAAGAGGCCUUGUGCUUUUACCCCAUCAGCACGAUAUAUGACUCAUGUCCUCGCUACUUAUUCUAUGCCCUUCUUCUGGCAAGCUGUCUCACACGAUGGACAGGAUGGCUGGCAGACGUGUUUCUGGGAGCCGCCGCGACAUAUGCCGGCACAGCAGCAAUUGAAGCAUUUAUUUUGGUGUCAAGUGAUCGCAUAGCGCAAGAGCCCACCCUUGUAUAUAUCCCAUAUGUUGCGGAGAACAGUACACUGUGGAGCAGUUUCCCACAGCUCAUCACACAGACAGACCAGAUCAUCCUGCAACCCAGUGCACUCGAAUUGGAUGGUGAUGCGGUCAUGGCGAUAGUCAUCACUGGCUAUCUCGUCUUUCUCCCAUUGCAAUGCUGGUCCCGUGUGUUGACUCAGGAACGGGCUCGAAUCCUCCUGUUCUAUCUCUGGAAUAUUCUCAUGCUUGCUGGGUCCAUCUGCGCUCUUGUAAACGCCGCGAAAAGUCGCGAAAUCCCGACCCAGUACAUGUUCUGCUACCCCGAUGUCCCGCCAUACCAGUCAACAUCAAACGAUGGGUGGGAAAGUUCCUGGAGAACCUCAACGUGGAACAGCAGUAUAUGGGAGACAUUCUCAAAUAUCACUAAGUGGGGCGAGAUCGGUGAUAUCUGCUACAACCCUUGCUUCAACACGAGCCAGAUUCUCCGACAAGCGACCACGUUGGAAUCAUGGGUCACAGAGAGGCGAUCUGAAGCUUCGCACGGAAAUCGCUUCUGGGAUAGACUCAUCUAUUCGAAUCGAUACAUAUACAGUCUCAUCAUCCUGUGUUUCAUUCUCAAUAUUGUUCUUUUGACAUUCAAGUUUCUGCCUUACAAGUCAAGGAUUCCAUCUGCUCAAAUUGUGAUAAUUUGGAGGGCCAGGAAGGAGAUAUGGAGAAGCUUCAAAGAUGAGUUCAAAGAUUCACUUUCGACACCAAGAAAAGGACUCGAAGCAAAAGAAACAUACAACACGAAACGCUCGAGGUCUUGCUGGAGUCGCAUUCGACCUGUCUUCACUGUUCGCUUUCUCAAGGCAUUCCUUCGCAUAAUAGCGGAUUUGGGCAUACUGUUUGGCCUUCUAUUUAGUAUGAUUAUCAGCCCACUAACAAUCAUUGGCUUCGUGGCAUAUAUCGAAUGGUGGAUCCACAACGAUGGCCCGUCGCAGGAAAACCCGCAACAGGUCGGCCAAUGGUCAUAUUUAGUCUCUAUAGGACUACUGGUCACAUCUGCGGGUAUUCUCACGCUAAAGUAUCGACUUGCCUCGGCAAAGGAGCUGGAUACUGAGAUAGAAACGCUGAGAGCACACCUCGAGAAGUUGGAGAAGAGAAGGGAUCCUCGAAUUGAGACACAGGCAACCUCAUCAACCGUAGGGGAUAAUUGA